GUCACCUGUUCUCAUGAUCUAUACCGAUGGAGUCUCUUCAGCAGAAGGCGUCCGAGUGGAGCGGUGUCGCCGCCAGCGACGCCUUCGCCAUCGACGAGACCAACCUCUUCGAAACCCUCGGCGGCCUCCAGCCCUUCAUCGAUCUCUCCACCAAUUUCUACAACAGGGUAUACGAUGACGAGGAGGAGUGGUUUCGGUCGAUCUUUGCUAACUCGAAGAAGGAGGACGCGAUUCAGAACCAGUACGAGUUCUUUGUGCAGAGGAUGGGAGGUCCUCCUCUCUAUUCCCAGAGGAAAGGUCAUCCUGCACUGAUUGCACGACAUCGGCCAUUUCCAGUCACGCAUGAGGCAGCGGAGAGGUGGUUACACCACAUGCAACAAGCGUUAGACAGCAUAUCAAGUAUUGAACCAGAUUCCAAAAUCAAAAUGAUGAAUUUUUUCAGGCACACGGCAUACUUUCUUGUUGCUGGGAAUCAGAUGACGAGGCAAAGUCUGGGAGUCCCCUGCAAACACGCAACGAGUAAACCAGCUGCCACGUAAGAUCUUUCUUUAUGUGGUUCAUUGACUUGAUACAAUGAUAUCCUAAUAUGUGUAUUUCAACCAUCAAACUUUCGGUCUCAUUGAAACUAUGUAUAAACAUCUUUGGCAAAAAUAAGUAUUUAGUGUUUGAAUUGUUAUAAAUAUUUGAUUUUGUGCCU